AUGUCAAUCUACUCUGCAUCUACCACGGCGCCAGUCAACAUCGCGACUUUGAAGUAUUGGGGUAAAAGAGAUAAAUCUCUUAACCUUCCAACCAACUCUUCCAUAUCCGUGACCUUGUCCCAGAAGGACUUGAGAACUCUCACCACUGCAGCAACCUCUGAAACUUUCACCGAGGACAAGUUGUGGCUCAAUGGUAAGCUUGAGUCCUUGGAGUCUGAGAGAACAAAGGCAUGUCUUGCAGACUUGAAGAAGUUGAGAAAAGAACUUGAAGACUCUGAUGCUUCAUUACCAAAAUUAUCCACCUUUGGACUUCAUAUCGUUUCUGAAAAUAACUUCCCCACUGCUGCUGGAUUAGCUUCUUCCGCCGCUGGGUUUGCUGCCUUGGUCGUGGCCAUUGCCAAGUUGUACAAGUUACCUCAAGAUAUGAGUGAACUUUCCAAGAUUGCUCGUAAGGGAUCCGGAUCUGCUUGUCGUUCCUUGUUUGGUGGGUACGUAGCAUGGGAAAUGGGUGACUUGACCGAUGGUGAAGACUCUAAGGCCGUUGAAGUCGCUCCAUUGGGCCAUUGGCCAGGUAUGAAAGCUGCCAUCUUGGUUGUCAGUGACGACAAGAAGGACACCCCAUCCACUUCUGGUAUGCAAUUGACCGUUGCCACUUCUGAUCUUUUCCAACAUAGAAUCAAGGAAGUUGUUCCUGCUAGAUUCAUUGAAAUGAAGAAAUCCAUCGCUGAAAAGGAUUUCCCACUUUUCGCAGAAUUAACCAUGAAGGACUCCAACUCUUUCCAUGCUGUUUGUUUGGACUCUUACCCACCAAUCUUCUACUUGAACGACACCUCCAAGAAGAUUAUCAAGUUGGUGCACAAGUUGAACGAAUUGGAGGGCAAAAUCAUUGCUGCCUACACUUUUGACGCUGGUCCAAAUGCCGUGAUCUACUACGAAGAACACAAUGAAUCAAAGGUUUUGGGAUUCCUCCACACUGUUUUCAACAAGGUUGAAGGCUGGAAGGGUGAAGUCAAGUCGACCGACUACAAGUUCGACUUUGAUGACCAAUUAUACAAGGGUGUUUCUAAGGUCAUCUUGACCGAAAUUGGUCCUGGUCCUCAAGAUACCGAGGAAACUUUGAUCAAUGAACAAGGGUUACCAAAAUAGAUUUAAUUGCUUAUAUAACGAGG